UCCACCAUCGCCGGGACCACCCUUGCCUCCCAGCCCCGACGAGCCACGUUCCCCGGAGCGGGGGAACCAGCAGGACCAGCAGGACCCGCAGGAGGGCGGAUCCAGACGGCAGAGCCCGACCUCGACCACGCCUGCGGACCCCACAGAGCCCACCGAGCCCACCGAGCCCACAGAACCGGUGCGUACAACCGUACACUUUCCUGAGUGUGUCAUGCAGUAUUUGGCCGGGUACAGGAGGCACCUGGUGGGUGCCCUCCCGUCGAAGAAGCAUGUGGAGAACGCCAGGUCCAAGAUGGGCAGAGUGGACCAGUUCCUGCGCAGGAUGGCCGAGGGAAAGAGCGGCCUGGAGACCUGGCGGUUCAUGGCUGAUGCCGACAGGGUCCUCGGCUGGCCGGCGGACCUGCUCAAGCAGGGCAAGCAGAUAACGACAGUGAAGGUGUACCUGGUCAACACGGGUCAGUUCCUGACAUACUUCACGGAGACUCCGCCUGAGACCUCCACCGUGCCCCAGCACGGACUCGUCUCCGUCUCGCGGGCCCUGAAAUCCGCCGCGGGGCAGAUCUCAACCACCGUGGUCCUGCACCAGAUACAGGUCAAAGACCAGAAGGAGAAACGCACUGUUUCAGCGCCGGUUCUGCGCAGGUGUCUGGAGGAGUGUCGCAGAUGGAUCCCGGAGCUUUUGCGCGACUCAUCGCGGAGGAGGCACGACGUGGUCCUGCGAUACCAGCUAUUCGGUUGCUUUGCGCUGUUCGUCGCUUCUCUGUACGGCCACAGAGCAGGCGUGGUCCGCAACAUGACAGCUGCUGAGGUACGAGAAGCCGAGGAUGGACACCGGCGCGACUCCUCCGGCUAUGUCAUUAACGUGAGACAACACAAGACGGCCAGGGCUUUCGGGAGCGCCCAGCUCUUCCUGACGCCGGAGGAGUUCGGAUGGCUAAAGAGCUGGAUGACCAUACGCAGCAAGCUGCGCCCCCAGACCGACCUGGUGUUUUUCAACUGCAACGGAGGACCGGUACACAAGCUGACCUCCUUCGCCCGGGACGCAUGGGCGAGGAUGCGCCUGCCUGGAUCCCCCUCCCUGACCGACAUACGCACCGCGGUAGCCACGAUGGCGAGGGACACCAGUGCACGGAGAACCGCGGACCGUUUCUACGCGAUGCAGCUGAGUGUGACCCAGUUGGCCGCCAUGCGCAGGACCUUCGACGUGUCCAGGGGCGACGCUGAGCAGACUGUGGAUGAAUAA